AUAAUAGUUUACUUUAUAGUAAAUUAGAUAUAGCUGACUUAAAUUUACUUAGCAAAACAAUUAUAGAAAUUUUGGGAAAUAUACAAUCAGAGUUGCAUUUCUAUUGCGGAAUAAAUAUUAGCAUUUUUAAUAUUUCAAGUAAAGAUCUCGUUAAUGAAAUUGUUGAAUUAAUUGAAGAUGCUGACAAAUAUAGCUGGAUUUACAAUCGACAGUAUAAAACAUUUGAUACUGGAAUUCUUGGGCAAAUAAGUAAUUUUGGAAUUGAUGAAUAUGGAAUUGAUGUUACUUAUAAUACCAAUAAUAUGGGAUUCAAACUAUAUGUUUUACAUGCAGAAGUGGAUUUCCAUUAUUAUAUUUAUUUCUUGAAAAUAAUGGCAAAUGCAAAGAAAGAAUACGAAUAG